UGCCUGUCAAACGAUCCCCUCGCAAAGAAGACUGACAAAAAGUCUAGUAUUUUUUCAUCCCCUCGAAACUAUAGAUUUUUGACGAGCCAUGAAGGAAUCGAAAUUGUUCACCUUCUGCUGGUUUUGUUCCUUCUUUGGCCUGCUGGUGGCCUUCCCGGAGCAGGGAAAAUGGGACUUUCAGUUGAGCUCGGAGGUGCCAUACAUGCCUAUUCCGAAAUCGGUCUACGAAGGAUUCAAAAUCUACACUCAGAUCACCUGUGAACCGUACGAGCAGGCGAAGGAAUCGGUGAAGCUGAAAAUCUCCUGGGCACUGAUAGAGUACAAAUGCUGGGAGGAAUAUGUCAGAAUGUCGUACAACACACAGUACGAGGCAUUCUUCAUAACGCCGAACCAAUCGAAGGUGGUGUCUGAUCCGAUCGAUGAGCACUGCACUCGGGGUGGGCACAUUGUGCUGCCGGAGUUGAAGCUGAAGGAACCGGGACAGACGAUGAUUAGCAAAUCUCGACGAGAGGCCGGCCAGAAUGAACCGCAAUCGAUUUUCACCAUCACAAAAGAUGGGUUAUACAUUUUUAUACUGAGGAUUGAUUCUCCGGACAGCUUCGUGGCCAACGUACAUGUGGAAAUGAAAAGCGCACAAGGAUAUCUGUCGGCAGUUGAUUGGCCACUGUUACCGUUCUACGGAGCAAUGUGUCUCGUCUACGUUGUCCUGGGCAUCAUCUGGCUGACCGUGUCAUUCCUCCAGUGGCGUGAUUUGCUCCGCAUUCAGUUUUGGAUCGGUGGCGUUAUCCUCCUGGGCAUGUUGGAAAAAGCCAUGUUCUACGGAGAAUAUCAGAGCAUCAAUUCAACUGGAGUCUCGGUGAAGGGAAUGGUCCUAUUGGCGGAAUGGGUUUCCUGCGGUAAACGAACCCUGGCUCGGAUGUUGGUGAUCAUUGUGUCGCUGGGAUUCGGUAUUGUCAAACCUAGACUUGGACCCAUGCUACAUCGUGUAGUUGGAACAGGAGCUCUUUAUCUAGUUUUGGCAUGUGUGGAAAGCUUCCUUCGGAUAAUGCACACCAAAAAUGAUCAACUACUUGUAGCAAGCAUCCCUCUGGCAGUGCUCGACUCCGCUAUUUGCUGGUGGAUCUUCACAUCGCUUGUACAGACCACGAGGACUCUACGGUUGCGAAGAAACAUGGUCAAACUGUCACUCUACCGACAUUUCACAAACACGCUCAUCUUUGCCGUGCUGGCUUCCGUGGUGUUCAUGCUGUACUCUAUCAAAACGCACCGAUUUGCCGAAUGCCUCACCGACUGGAAAGAGCUGUGGGUGGAUGAUGCCUUCUGGCAUGUUCUGUUCUCGACCCUCCUGCUGGUGAUCAUGAUCCUUUGGCGCCCAACGAACAAUAACCAGCGAUAUGCGUUCACUCCUCUGCUGGACAACCCCGAAGAUGAAGACGAUGACGAAGAAGAGCAAUUCGUGUCGGAUGCGUACGGUGUGAAAAUGCGCGGGGCGCGAAGUUCCUCUCCCAAGCCAAAUGCCAAGAGCCCGACAACUGACGAGGACGACCUGAAGUGGGUGGAGGACAACAUUCCGGCGGCUAUUGCUGACGCGGCGCUUCCGGUGCUGGACUCCGACGAGGAGAUCGUCAAUACCAAGUUUGAGGUAUCGAAGAUGCAGUAGAGCUGUUAGAUCCGAGGUUACAUCAAAAGGGAUCAUGAGCUAACUAUCGGAAGCAAGAUUCCAUAAAAAGGGAAAUGCACUAGUCAAUGGAAGCGGUGCGAUGAGCCACCGUGCACCAUGUUUGGUUUCAUCAUUUGGCUCACUAGUAACACUUACAUCAUUUCCUUGCUCCUCCAUCGGGAACACGACCCACUCGAUAAGUUUGAAUUAGUUUUAAUACAUGCGUUGAAUAGCUGUGAAUGGUAUUGACAUUUCUGAGGCAAGCCGAGAGAUAGUGCAAAGAACGAGUAAUGAACGAAAAUCAAACCUAUGACAUUAGGCUAACCAGAUCUUGGAAUGUAGGACACCAUCCUGUAUUUAAUUAGGAUAGAAAAGAGCAUAAAGUGAUUAAAAUAAAAAUGAUUUUAGUUGAAAAUGGUCAAAGCAUGUAAAAUUUUGGCUGACUGGAGCGCCUAUCUUAAGCAAAAAGUUCCGUCUUAUAUUAUUUAGCCGUAGAUUACUUUUCAGCGGAAAGAAUUUUUAUACAGAAACAGUACACCUCCCGAUUGGGAUCAAUAUUCCAUUAGAUAUCCAACUACAACUGCAUGCAUCCUAAUUUAUUCUAUACCGGUUAUGAAAUACUUAUCGUUUAUUCCUUAUCCCGAGUGAAAAAAGCAUUG